AUGUCCUUUGCUCGAUGGACGAAGAUUGCAGCAACUGUUAAAGGACCCAGUCGAAACAAAGAGACCGACCCGAUCGAUGGCUGUUCUCUCACUAGGACCUUCAACGUUGAGUGGCAGAAGGACUUUCGGAAGAGAAACCAUUCCGCCUGCGUCCUUGAGGUCACAGAGACGCUCUAUCUGCUGCUGUUCGCCCUUUGCUUACCAGUACCAUCUCGGCAAGGGUUGAAGCAGCCGGUCAAUGCGGCCGACAUGUUGGAAAAUGCUCCAAAGAUCGACCUCAUGACUCGGGAGAUUUCGCACCAAUUCAUCUUGGAGUUAGACGAGACUUACUGCUUUCCAUCAUGA